CUGACCUGGAAGGAUUUUAUGGCAACGGAAGACCCACAAGGAAUCACCAAAUUCACCAAACGCAUCAAUUCAGAAUACUCAUUGCAGCGUGGCCCGAUAUUGGUUCAUUGCAGUGCUGGUGCUGGUCGAACCGGUAUUUUCGUGGCCCUCGAUACACUUUCACAGCAAUUGAACGAGGAAGGUCAGGUUUCCAUCUUCAACACAAUUUGUGAUAUGCGAUAUCAAAGAAAUUUUCUCGUUCAGUCACUGAAACAAUACAUAUUUUUAUAUCGAGCCCUUACUGAGUUAGCAUAUUUUGGGGAUACUGAAAUUGACAAAAUAUCAUUAGCUGCAACCGUGGAAAGUCUGAAACAGCCAUCAUCGGAUAACUCCGAUAUUACUAAAUUAGAAGCACAAUUCCAGCGACUGAAGUCCUUCCAAGACGACUCCCGACGUACAAUUGCGAUGGGUGGUAGCGAGGAGAACAAGGCCAAGAAUCGAUCGGAUGCGUGUGUUCCCUACGACAAAAAUCGAGUCAUCCUGGCUCCGAAACCGGGUCACGACAACUGCACUUACAUGAGAUCCUCGCAUCAAUAUCGUGGACAACAAUUCGACCGUAUCCAAAUCGGAGCCAAAGUAGCAGUGCUGGAAUUUAUCACAUCCUUGAAUGCCCCGUUUAAGCUUUACCUGAAGAGGAUCACAGACGGCGGUAUCGUCACUGCCGAGGUAAAAAGUCAAAAAAAAAUGUAGGAGUGAAUGAAUUUUUAGUAAUAAACACUUCUAAUUACUGUAUUGAAGGGCUGUGUAGGGUUUAAAUGAGUUUAGUAAUAUGCUGUAGUAAUAUUAAUUAUGUUUUAUAUGCUUUAUACGUUCGUAUACUUGAACGAUCAUUUUUCUACGUAUUUUUCAGAGUCACCUACCUAUGUGACUUAUUAUCAAAAGGAAGCAGAAAAUUAAUAAA